AUGGCAUCAGCCGGAGGAGACAUUGACGCCACCUCUGCUCUUUCCACCACGCUUCACCCCCAGAGCCCUCUGCCCGACGCUCCCCCAUCUGGUCUGGUUGCCCGGGCAGGCACCAAGCGACAGCGCGAUCACGAUUUUCCAGUUCCGUCAUCACCAUCUGGCCAAGUCGAUACUUUCGAAUCGCCUGCCAAAGCCGCUCGCAUCGCCUUGGCCCGCGUUCACUCUCCCGUACAAUUGACCGGCGCAGCAGCUCUGGAGGACCUACGCCAGCGACGGCUCCAAGAACGAGACGGUCCUAUAAUACCACCGCCAACCACGGAGAACCCGAAAUACAAAGCCCUGACCUCACUCAUGUCGAGCGGAAUCGAACCAAUGAGCCGUCCUACGGACGCGCCCCAAUUCGCACCUACGGCGGACAUGGAGCCAGCGGCCAAGGCGGCGAGUGCCCUCGCUGCUGCCGCCAAUAGUGCUUCCCGCCUGGAAGAGAAUGCCACGGAUGCCGCCUCUGAGCAAGCAUCGAAUACUACUGCGCCACAACUAGUCGCCAGUCCAGGCCCCAUGGAAGUCGAUGACGGGAAGCAUCUCUCCCCCGAGCAUGUUGAUGGCCAGGAAGAGCGCCAUCAGUCCGGCUCGAUGCCUUAUCCCAGCUCGUCUUUCACUGCUCCUCAUCUCGGCGAAAACCACAGAGGAAUGACAUACCCUCUCCCAUCACCUGUCCAAGGCUCGCCAACGUCUUCUGGCACAAAAAAGCACAGGUGCCCUUACUGCAACACGGAGUUCACGAGACAUCAUAACCUCAAGAGCCACUUGCUUACGCAUAGCCAAGAGAAGCCCUUUGUCUGUACCCAAUGUCAAAUGCGCUUCCGUCGUUUGCACGAUCUCAAGCGUCAUGGCAAACUUCAUACUGGAGAGAAGCCUCACAUCUGUCCUAAAUGUGAUCGCAAGUUUGCGAGGGGUGAUGCUCUGGCGAGACAUGCAAAGGGGGCUGGCGGCUGCGCCGGUCGACGAUUCAGCAUGGGCAGCUUCGCCGACGGGGAUGAAAUGGACGGCAGUUUAGCCGAAGCCGAUGAUUCUGCAAUGUCCGGCAUGACCUACGACCACCCUGAGGAGGACGAGCUGCGCCGGCAAAGUCUUCCUAGUGGCGGCCAUCAGCCUGAUCAAUAUUCGGCGCAAUCGCGCACAUAUCCUCCAUCGGGACCUCGACCUGCCGCCAACAUGGCUGGUGGACUAUACCCACCCAAUGCGAGCCAAACACAGUCGAGCAACAGCACAGCUUCGUCAAUUCCUAAUAGCAUGGGCACGACCCGCACUGUAAAUACAAGCGUCUCGUCCGCUGCCGCGGGCGCUGGAAACACCGGCUUGUACUCUCAGAACACCAUGACGGAGAGUCCCAAAGCUUUGAGUCCCGCGCUUCCAACUCACGAAUCGGCUGCUCCUGGUCGCCCUCGGUCUCCUCAACAAAGCCAGCAAGCACAGCCUGCGCGGCGUCCAUCACCACCCCUCGGGCAGAGACCAAAGUUGCCAGCCUUAUCUCAUCCUAGCUUCCAAGGGCCGCCACCAUCAGCGGGAUUUAAUCACACAAGAUCCCCAGCAGAGUCUAACAUGUUUGCCCAGAGCGAUCCAAGUGUCUGGGCUUAUGUCCAGUCCAUGGAAGAAAAAAUCAAGGGCUUAGUCGAAGAGGUUGAUACCCUCAAGAAACGUGUUGAAGUCCUUGAGGCUGGCGGUAGCCAUUGA